CUUUAUUGCCUGGUAUGGAGAAUUUUCCAUCUUUCCAAUGUUUCCCACCACUUCCCUUGAGCCAUCAUUUGUUUUGGUUGAAUUCAUUGCAGCAAUUGUUGAAACAGAAAAAAAGAAAGAAACUUCCUUGUCCUAGUGAUAGAAAUUUCUAGUGGAUGACAAUUUUUGAGAGAAGACUUCCAUAGGAGAAGAGGCAGCAAGCUCUCAAGGUGCCAAUUUGUAGAUGAUCUGUCUCUCAAAGGUUCUGAUCUAGCUUCAAGGUAUUAUAAUUAUUUUUUUAUUGGUAUGAAUCAUGAUGGUCAAUUCUUCCUUAAUAUGCGUCAUGGUUUUAUAGUUAAACAAGUUAAAAUUAUUGCAUGGAUUCGUUCAAGAGAAUAUCCAAGGAUCAGGUAAAGAUAGAUAACACAUCACCUAUGAUGGUGAAUAGCAAAUACUUACUAGAAAAGCUGAUUUCAUCAUGCAAUGGUAAAUAUAAUCCGAUUCGUAGCUUCUCUGAGGAAGAGCUCAAGACGGCAACAGAUAACUUUGAUGCAGGAAAAGUUAUAACAAGAGCUGCAUCAUAUGAGCUGUACAAGGGUAUUCUCGAGGACUAUUCAGUUUCUGUCAUGAAGUUUAGAGACUUUCCUAGUAGGUUAGAUGCAUACGAGUAUUGCUUUAACAACAUUGUUUUUGCAUCACAAAUGAAGCACAAGAAUCUUUUUAAGUUGAUCGGUUGCUGCUUAGAAACUGAAAUUCUCCUCCUAGUUUUUGAAUCUGUUGAGUAUGGAACUCUUUCUGAUCAUAUAUAUGGUCCUCGACAACCCCAUUUUGUGCCUUUGCUAUUGACACCCAGGUUAAAGAUUGCUAUGGAGAUGGCUAAUGCACUUGCAUAUCUCCAUGUUGGUUUCUGUAGGCCGAUUGUUUUUAGAAGUAUCAAUCCUACAAACAUCUUAUUCCAGGAACAAACCAUAGUGAAACUAUCUGAUUUUUCACUCUCCGAGUAUAUUCCAGAAGGCGAAACUUACAUAAAAGAUACUAGGGUAGUUGGUACAAUGGGAUUUUUUGCACCUGAGUACAUAAGUGUUGGUGUUUGCAGUGAGAAGUGCGAUGUUUUCGCUUUUGGUGUAUUGCUACUUGUUCUGUUGACUGGACAAAAAACAUUCGACUCUUCUCGUUGUGAAAAUGGGGAUGAUUCAUGGUUAUUGCAGCAUGUGAAGAAUUGUAUUGGUCAAAAUGAUCGGUUUAUUGAGAUAAUAGAUCCUGCAAUUGUUUUAGAUGGAUUAAAUCCUGGAAAAGAGGAUUUGUUGCGAGCUUUCACAGAACUUGCCCUUAAAUGUGCCUCUACAUUACCAGAAGAAAGACCAACUAUGGUUGAAGCAGCAAAAGAACUCAGGCAAAUGUAUAGAAAUGGCUAAUAUUUUCAUUUAUACUCGUUUCAUUGUAAAUUUCUCCGGGUUGGUUUUCAUUGUUUAUGAAUCUUUCCUCUAUUUCUUUUUCAGUACUUCAUGUUUUCAUAUAAUUUUCCUGAUACAUUGAAGGAUUCCAUGGCAGUUGAAAGUGUCUCAUUGCCGACUAAACUUAAUUAAUAAACUAUGGUUGACUUUGAAGAAGUAAGUUUCCUGGUUAUAUAUGGAUGUUCUUCAAUUGUGCUUGAUCAGAUUUUCAUCAUGCUUGAGUAAAAAUUCCUGAGCUCUCUCAAACUCAGGCUUUGCUUUUUUCUGAACAAUUAGCUGAAAUGAACACCUAAAUUGGCCAUCCAUACAGGCCUUUCUUUUUUUCUUAACAAUUUCGAUUAAUUAGCACCGGGCGAAUUGGCCAUCCUCACAUCAUAGAUCAAAUAAGAUGAGUUCAUGUUUUCCCCGAAAGGACGAUAAUAAUUUGAAGAAUGAUGCAAUGUUACUGAAACAGUUGAUUGCCACUUUUAAUGGCAAAUGUAAUCCUAUUCGUAGUUUUUCCGAGAAAGAGCUCAGGAAAGCAACAAUUAAUUAUGACAAUCAGAGAUUAAUUAUAACAAAUAAAAUUUUCUAUAAGUUGUACAAUGGUUUUCUACAAGACCGUCAGAUUUUUGUUAUGAAGUUUGAACCCAUUAUCUUCCAGGAAAAAGAAGAAAUAAUCCAAAAGGGCAUCAAUAACAUUGUAUUUGCAACACAAAUGAAGCAUAAGAAUUUUCUGAAGUUGAUCGGAUGUUGUUUAGAAACUCAAUUUCCCAUUCUAGUUUUUGAUUUCGUUGGAUGUACGACACUUGCUGAUCGUAUUUUGAGUCAUUCUCAACCUCGUCUUGGACCUUUAUUAUUGAAACUCAGGUUAAAGAUUGCAAUGGAGAUAGCUCAUGCAGUUGCAUAUCUUCACCUUGGAUUCCCUAGACCUAUUGUUUUUGGAAGUCUCGCACCAUGGAACAUCUUUCUUGAUGAGGAGUAUGCUGUAAAACUAUUUGAUUUUUCAGUAUCUGAGUUUAUUCCAGAGGGUAAAACUCACUUGGAAGUUCAUUUAACGAAAAAAGUAUGGUAUGAAUAUGUUCCACCCGACCUUUUACUUGCAAUAGCUCCCAAUAGGAAGUUUAAUUGCAAUGAGAAGGUUGAUGUCUAUUGCUUUGGCGAAUUGUUGUUUAUGCUUUUGAGUGGAUUGAGCUUAAAAAAGUUUCUCAAGAAUAAAGGUUUUCAGAUGGAAGAUAUUGGACCUAAUAAUCUAAAUGAGAUAAUAGAUCCGGUGAUUGUUGGAGAGGGAAUAUGUUCGAUAAAAGAACAACAAUUGCUAGCUCUUGUAAGGCUUGUGUCGGAAUGUCUCUGUCUUGAACCAGAAGAUAUGCCAAAUAUGAUAGAUGUGACAAAGCAACUCAGAAAAAUGUACAAGUCUAGUUAGCAUGUCAUUAGUUUUUGUAUUAAGGAUUCUGCUUUCCUUGUUUAUGGAUGUGUCAGUAAUUCAUGCCUUCAUUGCCAUGGCAGUAGUUGAAAACAUUCAAAUAAACUAUUUCUUAAGUUUUCAA